AUGACUCCGUCAACCCGCGAGCCCAUUGCUGUUGUUGGUAUUGGCUGUCGCCUUCCCGGGGGCAUCACCACGACAAAGGAUUUCUGGGACGCACUGUGUCGAGGCAAGGAUAUGGUGUCUGAAGUUCCGAGUGAUCGAUUUCAUGCCAUCUCCUUCCAUGAUGCCGAUUCACGAAAGUACGGAACAAUACGAAAUUGUAAAGGGGGUUUCGUUGAUGACAUUCAGUCGUUUGAUGCUGAGUUCUUCGGUUAUUACCCAGCUGAGGCAUCCAGAAUCGACCCGCAGCAGCGGCUCGCUCUGGAGGCAAGCGUUCAUGCGCUAGAGGACUCCGGCACUACGCUGCAGCAUAUUGCCGGAUCGCAAACAAGUGUGUUUAUUGGUACAUUUAUGUCCGACCACCUUUGCAUUCAGACGGCAACAGGGCAACGAGACAACAUUAGCCCCCAUGUGGCAAUGGGCUCUUCAGGCUGCUCGAUCGCUAAUCGGGUUUCGCAUCGAUUGAAUCUACAUGGUCCGAGCAUCACUCUGGAUACCGCCUGCUCGAGCAGCCUGGUCGCGUUACAUCUUGCGUGCCAAAGCCUAUGGACGCAAGAGAGCGAGGCUGCUCUCGCUGGCGGUGUCAACGCCAUUCUCCGGCCCGAGUCCACGAUAUUGAUGUCCAAGGCAGGUUUCCUCUCUCCAGAUGGUUCUUGCAAAUCUUUUGACGCAACAGCCAAUGGCUACGUUCGCAGCGAAGGCGUUGGAAUGGUAUUCUUGAAGCCUCUGAGUCGAGCGAUCCAAGAAAAGGACAGAGUUUAUGCUUUGGUUCGCAGCUCCCUUGUGAAUCAAGACGGAUACACCGCAGAGGGAUUCACUGUUCCCAACCUCACAGCGCAGGCCGCAUUAUUGCGCUCAGUCUAUGCACAGUCCGGGAUCGACCCGGCCAAGGUCCAUUAUGUAGAAGCUCACGGGCCGGGAACCUCAGUCGGCGACCCUAUUGAAGCAAAUGCCCUUGGAGAGCAGCUUGGACAGGUGCGAUCCGAAGAUGAGGAUUCCCUUUGGAUAGGAUCGGUCAAGGGCAACUUUGGUCACCUCGAGGGAGCGGCUGGAAUUGCUGGUUUCAUCAAGGCUGCAUUGGUCACCUUUUACGGUGAGAUUCCUCCGCAAGUGAACUACAGGAAUCCCAAUCCCGCAAUUGACUUGCAAUCUCUUCGACUUGCGAUACCAACCAAGAUGAUACCCUUGACCCCAGAUCGGCAACAUAAGCUAUGGAUUGGUGUCAACUCGUUUGGAGCGGGGGGGUACCAAUGCGCACGCUAUCCUUGA